UUUUGGUCUUCCUUACGCGUAAAAACAUGCCGGCAGACUUGUCAAACAUAUCUGUGGACUUUGUGUUAAGAAGAAGUCGCUACUUUUUUCUGAAGUAGGACCUGGUUAAACAAGGGGGAAUCCAGCCCACAUAUUUAUUGCAGCCGCUGAAAAAAAUCUCCUCAAUAUCCCCCAAGAUGGCCGCCGAUGUAGGAUCGAUGUUUCAAUAUUGGAAGAAAUUUGAUCUACGGCGGCUUCAGAGGGAGCUGAACUCGGUGGCGUCGGAGCUGGCCGGGCGACAGGAGGAGAGUGAACAUUCCCACAAGCACUUGGUGGAACUGAGCCGAGAGUUCAAGAAAAAUGUCCCGGAGGAAGUCCGCGAGAUGGUGGCACCUGUUCUCAAGAGUUUCCAGGCCCAGGUGGUUGCUCUGAACAAGCGCAGUAAAGAGGCGGAGUCGGCCUUCCUGGGGAUCUACAAACAGCUGAUCGAGGCUCCAGACCCUGCCCCUGUGCUGGAGGCAUCCCACAGUCUGGAGGAGCGACUGCAGAGGCUGCACAGCUCGGCCCCUGAAGGAGAAGCCCUGGUGCAGGAGAUCUCUGGGCUCUGGCAACAACACCUGCAGUGCCUUAAACACACAGAGGACAGUGCAGUGGUCCCAGUGUCAGACUCAGACCUGAACUCAGAGCGCUGUCCCAGUACCCUGAUGACACCUAACAGCACCCCAGCCCCUGGGGCCCCGGGGUCCCCUCAGCAGAACCACCAGGAGCAGGCACAGGACAGAAGGGAGGAGGAGAGCUCAGAUGUGAGUCUGACUCAGAGACUGUCUGAGGCUGAGGACAAGAUCAAGGCUCUACAUUCCUCUUUGGACACUGCACAGACUGAGCUGCGGGACCUACGAUGUAAAUACAAUGAGGAGAUCAGUAAAAAAGCCGAGGAGGUCCACAGCAUCAUGGCCGACCUGAAGACGGCGAACCAGAAAGCAGAAUGCGCUCAGAGAGAAGUGGAAAGGCUAAAGGAGCAGUUAUCCAGUAUCACUGACAGCUGUAAUCCUGCAGAGGGCGCCACCAGGGACAAAAGUGAGGACUCGGAGUUGUUGCCCUCUCAGUUGGAGGCCACACUCGUGGCCAAAGACCGUGAGAUCCUGCGCCUCCUCGAGAACAUCCAGAGACUGCAGUUCACACUCCAGGAAGUGCAGGAGAGCUCAGCCAAUCAGAUUGUCGAGCUGGAGCGGCAGUUGGCCUAUAAAACAGAAGCUAUUGAGAGAUUAGAAGCUAAAUUGCAAUCCCAGAUGGACUAUGAAGAGAUUAAAACUGAACUCAGUAUCUUAAAAGUAAUGAAACUGGCUUCAGCGAAUGGCAGCUCCACACAGGAUUCUGCCAAAGCUGCAGAGGCACUUUUGUUGGAUAAAGAGGCCUUUCUCCCAUCUCACAAAUACCUGGUGGACAAAGCCCGGCUUUUGCACAGUAAUGAUGAUGACCGUUCAGAAGAUGGUGGCAGAGACUCGGGGCGCCCCCUAGUGUCCCACUCGUCCUCCUCCCAGGCGGACGCUCGCUCGUCCCCCAGUGCCCCCACCCCGACCCCAGACACCUCCUCUGCCUCCUCCACCACGGCACAUGAUCUGGCCCGGCCCUUCUCCGCCUCCCCCAGCUCUGCAGACCGACUAUCAGGAGACCACAUCCUCCACAAGCAGCUCCUCUCUCCGCACUUCAAGAAGGAGGGUCUCAUGGCCUUCCCCACAGCCCUGUAUGCUGCCAAAGUUGCACUCAUGUCCAGCUCCCAGGGUCCUGGAGGAGGAGGUGGGGGCUUGGGUAAUGCAGACCAGGGAUUGCCUAGCGACCAGUCUGAAAGUGGAAGUUCGACGGGGGAGGACGAUCAGGUGGACACAGCAGAGAUUGCAUUCCAGGUGAAAGAACAGCUUCUCAAGCACAACAUUGGGCAGAGGGUCUUCGGCCACUACGUCCUAGGGCUGUCACAGGGGUCGGUGAGCGAGAUCUUGGCCCGGCCCAAACCCUGGAGGAAGCUGACGGUGAAGGGGAAGGAGCCCUUUCUUAAGAUGAAGCAGUUUCUAUCCGACGAGCAGAACAUCCUGGCGCUGAGGACCAUCCAAGUUCGACAGAGAGGGAGCAUCACGCCGCGAAUCCGAACUCCUGAAACUGGGUCAGACGAUGCCAUCCGGAGCAUCCUGGAGCAGGCCAAAAAGGAGAUCCAGUCCCAGAGGGGAGAAACAAAGUCGUCCCUGAACAGCCUGUCCAGCCGCAGCAGUAACGGGGCCGGCAGCAGCUCAGACGACACCAUCAAGUCAAUCCUGGAGCAGGCACGUAGAGAGAUGGAGGCACAGCAACACGCCCUCAUGGAGAUGGAGGUGUGCGGCCGUGCUCCCAGUGUGGGCUCGGGGGCACAAGUGGAGCGUCUGGGCCCUCCUGAGAGAUCCAGGGUCCCACCUCUCCCCAUCUCCAUCAAACAGGAGGAGGGUGGAUGUGUCACUGUGUGCAUGGCCAGCUCCAUCAGCAGUCCCCAGACCCCUCUCAGUGUCCUGUCUCCAGCCGCAUUUGUCCAAAACAUCAUCCGAAAAGUCAAGUCUGAGAUCGGGGAGGCGGGCACGUACUUCGAUCAGCACUGGUCCCAUGAGCGCGCCGCUUUGGGGCUAACCGGGGGCAGUUCUAGACCUUAUAAUUCAGUUUCUCCAUCUCUGUCGUCCUCCUCCUCUGGGCCUCCUGCUUUGUCCCGGCCCUGGCCACGGCUGGAGAACGGAGAGGCUCUGCCCAACAGCGAGGAAGCGUCUGCUGCAGAGGAUGAGCUUGGGUUGGGACGUCCCGUGGAGGUGAAGGUGGAGUCGGACACCUCUGUCAGCGGGGAGUCUCCUGGUCCCGUAGCAGGGCGCCUCUCCUAUUACCCAGCCUACAUCCCCCGCGCUCUCAAACCCACCGUCCCUCCACUCACCCCAGAGCAGUACGAGAUGUACAUGUACCGAGAGGUGGACACCAUUGAGCUCACUCGACAAGUCAAAGAGAAACUGGCCAAGAACGGCAUCUGUCAAAGGAUCUUUGGGGAAAAGGUGCUGGGUCUGUCGCAGGGCAGUGUGAGCGACAUGUUGUCCCGUCCCAAACCCUGGAGUAAACUGACACAGAAAGGCCGAGAGCCCUUCAUUCGAAUGCAGCUGUGGCUUCUGGACCAGCUGGGACAGAGCCUCAGCCAGCCCCCAAACCAGGGACAUCCUCAGGAGAAAAGCCCGGUGACUGCUCACUCCUCGCCAUCUCCGUCCCCCAGUCCGGACACCCACAGCCCCCUGGAGCCAGUGGGCCUGUCCCUGGAGAGCAGUAAAGAGAACCAGCAGCCCCCUGUGGCGCUGGGUCUGCCCCCUCACCCCGACCACAGCCUCCUCCUGCAGCCACCCUCCUCCACACCGCUGGGCAUACAGGAGUUGGUGGCCAUGUCUCCUGAACUUGACACAUACGCCAUCACCAAGAAGGUCAAAGAAGUGCUCACCGACAACAACCUUGGCCAGCGUCUGUUUGGGGAGACCAUCCUGGGUCUGACUCAGGGCUCUGUGUCUGACCUGCUGUCUCGGCCCAAACCGUGGCACAAGCUCAGUCUGAAGGGACGAGAGCCAUUUGUGCGAAUGCAGCUGUGGCUUAACGACCCUCACAACGUCGACAAGCUUCGUGCCAUGAAGAAGAUGGAGAAGAAAGCCUACCUGAAGCGGCGGUACGGUCUCUUGAGCACUGGUUCGGACAGCGACUCUCCCACAGCCCGCUCCGAGUGUGUGAGUCCAGCUUUGGGCUCUCUGGACCUGUGCCCCUUCAGCCAGGCCAAGAAACCCCGUGUAGUGCUGGGAGCUGAGGAGAAGGAGGCCCUGAGGAAAGCCUACCUCCUGGAGCCCUAUCCCUCUCAAAACACCAUCGAGAUGCUAGCGGCACAACUCAACCUCAAAACCAAUACGGUCAUCAACUGGUUCCACAACUACAGGUCCCGGAUGCGGCGAGAGGUUCUAAUGGAGGGUUUACAAGACAACGACACCGACCCUGACCACCUUAGUUACUCCCCUCACUCUGAUGGAGAAGAGAGACGACCCCAGCAUCCCUCUGCCCACUCGGGACGUCCUGCCAGCGCCAUACCUUACGUCAAGCAAGAGGAUCGGGACGAGGAGCGAAACCACUGCAUCUCCACGGCUGUUCAGUUCCCACAAAUAAAAACCGAACAUGAGGAUUCAGUCAGCAUGAGAUUAGCCAAUCAAAGGCAAGAAGAUGUCCCGUCAAAAACCACGCAGUGUAAAUAUGAAGGGGACGAAUCCGGCAAAUCUCCCAUCGAUCCAGUUAGCUUCAAGGCAUCAUCUGAACCGUCCCGUAGCAGCCUGGAAGUGUCGCUCAACUCCCCCUCCGCAGCCUCCUCUCCAGGCCUCAUGAUGUCCGUAUCCCCUGUCCCCUCUUCUUCGGCGCCAAUCUCACCAUCUAUACCCAACCCGCCUUCGACAAGCAUGGACGCCAACCCUCCUUUUCAGAGCCCCAAACUGAACCGAAGCAGUCAGAGACGCAAUGAAAAAAUGGCUAACCUCAAUAACAUCAUCCACAGGUUAGAGAGAGCUGCCAACCGGGAAGAAACGCUAGAGUGGGAGUUUUGAUUUUUUUCAUUUCAAUUGUAUCUCAAAUCUUAUCUUCAAAUACACGCUUCCAGAUGUAACAUCUGUCCUCCAAGACUA